CCGUCCGGAGCGGUGCGAGUGAAUGCCGCCCACUAUGGCGCUGGGAUUAGGCACCGCCACGGCCACGCAUCCGCUCUCGCCCGCGGCCCCGCGCGUAGUACCCGUGCCCGUGCCCCCCGUGGUCCCGAGCCCCGUGUUCGCAUUGCCGACCCUCAACUUCACCGUGUCCCAGGUGGCCGCCGUCUGCGAGACACUCGAGGAGUCGGGGGACAUCGAGCGGCUCGCGCGGUUCCUCUGGAGUUUACCCGUAGCUCACCCCAACGUCGCGGAACUGAACAAGAACGAGGCCGUCCUCCGCGCCCGGGCCAUCGUCUCCUUCCACAGCGGCAACUACCGGGAGAUGUACUCCAUCCUGGAGCACCACAAGUUCACCAAGGACAGUCACGGCAAGCUGCAGGCGAUGUGGCUGGAGGCGCACUACCAGGAGGCGGAGAAGCUGCGUGGGCGGCCGUUGGGACCCGUGGACAAGUACCGCGUCCGUAAGAAGUUUCCGCUGCCUCGCACCAUCUGGGACGGCGAGCAGAAGACGCACUGCUUCAAGGAGCGCACACGGAGUCUCCUGCGUGAGUGGUACCUACAGGACCCGUACCCUAACCCGACCAAGAAGCGGGAGCUGGCCCAGGCCACGGGCCUCACUCCCACUCAGGUCGGCAACUGGUUCAAGAACAGGAGACAGAGAGACCGUGCCGCCGCCGCCAAGAACAGAAUGGAGAGGAACUGUCAAAGGAUGCAGCAGCAGCAGUUGGCGGCGCAGCUAGCGCACUCCCACGGCCACCACCACCCAGAACCUCCACACAGCCCCGCGGCGGCCUCCACCUCCAGCGACUCCAGCAUCAGCCUGGGCGCUCCCUCGCCCCAGCCGCCCUGCACCCUCCACAGGCCCUUCUCGUGAUACCGGCCCUCCGGCUGGGCCCUCGCCUCUCCACACCCGCUCCCACACUCGCUGCUGUCGUGAAGCGGCCUUCACCUCCUCGCUGAAUCGAAUGUGGACUUAUUUCUGCAAGCUUUAGACGCCUUGUAGACAUCGUGUUACCAGACUGUCCGGAACUGUUAAAGUUGGCCAUACAGUUUAUUUAUAGAUAUUACCGUGCUGAUUUCAUCUAAACUUAAUCUAACAAGUGCAUUUUCUGUUAUGUUUUCGUAACCUAUUCGUUCGUACACAACUACAGUAUUGACAAACAUUCAAAUUGACCGUUCGAAAUUAUUUUGUUUGGGGUGACCGCCUAUGUGUGGUGGAAGAAUAGCAGUCGGUCUGGUUAAGAACUGCAUCAUUGCCGCUGUGACCAGACCGUCUGCAGAGCGGAAGUACCUAGGAGUGAAUGAUGUGCUGUGUAUAUUUUAGUAUAAGAUUGGCCGUGUUCGGUCGGUGCUUUCUUCUCGAGUUGAUAUCGUUAUGUGGCUGCUUGUUGUGUGUGUAUGUGUCAAUAAUUCAGAGGAUUGCUAUUUUUACUGCUAACGCCAGCAAAAUAUUUAGGAAUUGUUGUUUACUAUACAAAUUGUAACGUGUUUACAAUUAACACUAUUGAGUCGCCCUUUAAUUGUGCCUAAGAAAAAUGAUGUGGAGACGUUAAAAUUGGUAAUUCAGGUAAUGAAUGGACCGGAACUGAUUUAUACAAAUGCACGUAAAUUAGAAAAUAAAACAAAAAGCAUAUAUUUUUUGUGAUAAUUUUAAAACGAAAUAAACUUUUAGUUACAAAUGUAGACAAUAUAAGUAAUUUACCUCCAGAGGUAUAUAUUCUUGUUUGUUUUAUUUAUCACGUUCAUUUUAAUCAAAAAGUAUUUAACGAUAACAAAAGUAAAAUGUAAAAGGAAGGAGGCUUCAUUCAUUGCACACAAAAUUGUGUUAAAUUAAAAAAUAUCGCAUAUGUAAAAAUUUAAGUUUCAUGGGAAUUUUUAUUUGAAUUACACGUUUUAUCUAUUAUAACAAAAAAUGAAUUUAAUUUUAAGUUUAUUCUUUCUUUGUACACAUACUAUUCUUAAUCGUAGUUAUUUUCUUGUAUUAAUGACACAUACACACAAAUUGUGCAGCUCUAUACGAAAAUGAUAUUAUAUAUUGUGUAUUUAUAUAAUUUAUAUUAUGGAUCGUAUAUAUAGAUAUAUAGCUAUCGUAUAAAGAUAUAAUAUUGUAAAUAAAAACGCUUCAAUAUAACCUCUGAUGGGAUCUCUAUCUUGGUCAAUUGUUCAACCUGACAUGUUUACUGUAGUUAUCUUCUCUUGUAAAUAGUAAUAAUCUUUGUGCAAUGAAUAUGUAAUAUACUUUAAUUUAUUUACAUGUUUACCAUUAAACCCUUUACAUGAUGAAUAGGACGUUUGUUUGUACAAUUUGCUAGAUUUCAAAAAUUCAAAAAUUCCAGAAACGAGGAUAAUUUGAUUAGAAAUAUGAAUAAAUUUACAAUGAGUGGAUAUAAAAGUUAAAUUUAUACUUAGUUAUAAUACUUUCCUGAUAGAAAAAAUUUUAAUAUAAAAAAACAUUAACUAUACUUUAAUAUUGAAGAAUGUAAUUUUAGGAUAAAUCUGUAUCUGGAUGCCUUAUGAUUUUUGUCCCAAUGUGAACGCUGUAAUACUUUUUUUACAUUCAUAUUUAUGGUUGUAGAAUUAUGGGAGAUGUAUACUUAAUACAAUUGAAACGAUUUUUAGGUUUUAGCCGCUUUUAUUAAUUAUUAAAAAAAGAAAGUAAAAGCUUGCGCAGUUUCGUAUAAGUUAAAUGUUGAACAGAUAUACACUUUACAUGAAAACAUAAAAAUAAACUAAGAAAAACACCACCUCCCCUAAGUCUACGAGCAAAAUUAAGAACAUAAAAAUGUUUAGGUUGCUUUUAUAGGGUUAAACUCAAGAUCGCUUCACCUUAACCAGCUCUUAAGACUUGGCUACACUGGCGGCCAUACUGAUUGUGGCCUCAUAAGAACAAUGUUAAACCUCAUAUACUUUUACGACCUUUUUAGUCAUAAACUUAUAAAUAAAUAUCUCAUUUUAAAUAUGGUAUUGAUACGCAUCCAAAAUCUUAUUAAUCGAUAUUUUCAUUGGUUAUUUAAACAAAAACAAACAUUGUUGUAAUUUAUAGUUUAAAUAUUAAAAAAAAACUAUACACUAAAAAAACUAAAAAUCUCUUGGAUGCGUAUUAACUAUAUUUUUAAAAUAAGAAAUCUGACAUACCGCUUGAUCAAAAACUAAGAACGUAAAACUGAAUGAGGUUUAGCAUUAUUCUCAUUGAGAAAAACUCAAGAUCAUUUUACGUCAGCUGGUACUUAACCUCUUUUGUGCUUGGUAUCAGAUAUAUUGUUAUUUUCAUACCUAUUGUUGCAGUAUACGUUAUUAUCACCGUACCUUUUAUAAAAUAAUUUACUAAUUAUAAUUACGCUGAAGUUUUAAUGAUGUGAAAUUAAACUAAAUUACGGCUUUAAAUAUACCUUUUCUCAUAUUAGGAACUGCGAAACAAUAUGAAAUUAAUGCAUGGAUAUUGUUAGGCUAUAUUGUUAGAACAAAAUUAAUUCAACUCGAAUUCAACUCGUAAUAAAUAUUGAUGAACACAUCAAAAUUUGGCUCCAGCUCAAAAACUAACGAUGAAUUGGCUGUCAAUUAAUACUGAAAAAUAAAUCAUCCUGAGCACUUGACGCUUGUUUUUGCAUCAUUCCUGUAGAUUGUGUUAGCUCGGACACUGAACAAAUAGCUCGUAAUCGUGUGGCCAUAUAUUAUAAAAGUGACUUGUGUGGGCAAAUGACUAUAGUUAAGGCUGUUAAUGAAAUCAACGAGCUGCUGAGGAUGAUGUAGUGCCUAUGGCGAUGCGGGGUGGGAGUAGCAGAUGGGCUGUGUCAGACACCUGCCCUUCGUCCGACCCCUUUACUUAGGACGAAAAAAUCCAGGGUCUCCAGCACAUUCAGAUAUUUGAUACGAUACUCAUCAAUUUUCAUGACUGAGUUAUUACUGUCUAAUAGAUGCUUGUUUUAAACGAUCAAAAAUCAUUUUUGAUAAAAUAUUACGAUUACAAAAAUCUGAUAAGAAGAUAAUCUUUAAAAGAGCGUUACACACGCUGUUAUCUACGUUUAUUCACCCUCAAUGUAAUUUAACAUACAAAAAGAUCAUUCUGAAAGAUCUAACUCACGUUUUACGGUAAUUUUAAUUAAACUUGCCGAGCCAGGGUUCUUCCGUGAACCCUCCGAAUCGGGAACCAAGAGUGCGUAAAGUCGAGCUACUUCUAUACACGCGUGCUGUACCUGAUUUGAAUUCGUCCACGUUAUAUUCCAAUCCUUCAUUAAACUAGUGUAAAUUAGAUUAUAAUUUUGUUGCCAGUGUGUUUAUAACAUUACAUCUUAGAAAUAUUUAGACGUUAUCAAAUCUUCAUAGUAAACUUGCAUUGUAUAUUUUGAAAAUUUCAAUUAACUCACAAUGUACUAAUCUUGUAUAACAAAAUUGUAAUAUUUUAAUUACUUUCAAAAGUUCAUAAAAAUAAACAAUCGACACUAGCAUUUAUUAAUGAAUAUCAUGUGAUUUAUCAUGUGAUAUUCAUUAAUAAAAUAAUGCUGUGGUUCCAAUCUCAAAAAUACUUUUUUAUGAUAAAGGGAUGAAUUCUAUGAAUUUAUGUUCUACUCAAAAGUUAAAAUCCUUACGGACUUUAUACACAGGAUCUAUAAUGCUAAAUUCUAAGGUAGCUUGUAUUGUAACCAGAAACAAUAAUCAAAAUUAGUUUCUAAAAUGGAGUCCAAGUUUCAUUGUAUAUUUGGAUUAUUUGUAAUCAUUUUCCCAGUAUUUAUUUUAUUAGUAGAUUUGUUCAUGCUUCUAUUGUAAUCCAAGACCAGUCACAAUGUUACAUUACACAAUUUUCUUCCAGUUCCAAACCAAACUGAAUUUUAAAACUGCCAAGAUGUAUAAUUGGAUAAGGAUGAUUAGAUUGUUCCUAUAUUAUUUUACUUCAUAUAUUGUAAUUUUUGACUAAUUGUGAUAAUUUAUUUAUUCCUGAUACUGUUAAACGAAUACUCGGUUCUUGACAGAUUGUACAUAUGUCGCGCUGGUGUAUCUGUCACUCACUCAGACAUGUUAGUUAGUAACGAAUGGUGCAGACUGGAAAUGUAACUAUAGCCACUAUAAUACUGUAAGUUGGUUUGUUAGACUUGUAGAUAGAGUGUACACACAGCUUUAUAUUGUUGUAUCUCGCGUCCCUUUGUUGUACAUAAUAUGCAAAUAAAUCACUUAUAUGAUACGGUA